AUGGCCAAAGUUAGCAAUUAUAAUAAUAAUAAUAAUAAUAAUAAUAAUAAUAAUAAUAAUAAUAAUAAUAAUAACAAUUAUAAUCAAAACAGCAACAAUAAUAUUAAUUCUAAUAACAAUGAUAAAUUUAAUAAUAGAUUAAAAUGCUUAAAUUGUUGUAGAUUAGGCCACACAAAAGCAAAUUGGUGGAUUAAUAAUAAUAAUAAUAAUAAAGAUAAUAGUUAUAACAAUAAUAAAAUUAAUAAUAUCAGAGAUGAAGAAGAUGUAGAUUUAAAUGGUGAUGACACCUUUAAUGACAGCAAUAAUGAUAAUAGUCCAUCUCGUGGUUCAAUCAAUGCAAUUGGAGAAAACCAAGAAAAGUUAGAGAAACAAAAUCAAAUGGUUAUUAGUGAAAAAGACUGUCAGGAGAAUACAUCGUCAAAAUCAAUAUUCUCAUCCAAUAUAUCAAUAUAUAGAAAAGGUGUUAAAUUCAUUUGGAAUGAUAAAUUAUGCGAAUAUGAAAUUAAUGACAAAACAUAA